AUGGCACGUCUCUAUACCAACCCAGAAAAAUUGCAGUAUCCGAAAGAUACUUCUUUGACUGAAGUCCUGCUUUACCACAAUCUGAAUAACACGCCAGACGACAAACCCACAAUCAUUGAUGGCUACACAGGCGAGACAGUCUUCACGUACACCAGCUUCAGGACUGGUGUUCGCAAAAUCGCACGCCACUUCUCGAAGGAACUUGGCAUUGGGACGGGAGAUGUCGUCGGAAUUCUCUCAACUACCAAGCAAAAAAAGGAGAUACAACACGCCUUGGGCCUGAGCAAGCCAACCCAUAUCCUCGUAGAGAAGGCUCUGCUCCCAAACCUUCUCAAGGCACUGUCCGGUACCUCGGGUGCUCAUAGCAGACCGAGCUUGUACGUAUGGGACGCAGAGGCGCCAGCAGGCUCUAACGCACACACUCUGAACGUUGAACACAUAUUGGAACAUGGCUCCGCCGACUUUGAACCGGCCAAGCUGGCCCCAGGUGUUGCUGCUCAGCAGGUGGCCUUCAUAUGUUUCAGCUCGGGCACUUCUGGGCUCGUCAAGGGUGUGCAGCUGACUCAUGAGAAUAUUGUCGCCAACCUGUUUCAGCAGUCCCAAGGCCUCCGCGGGAUGUUCAACCCUCGCACUGUCGUCACCCUUAUUGUUCCGUUCUUCCAUAUUCUCGGGCUAGCCGGCUUCUGCUGCCAGUUCAUCAGCCAGGGUGUGCCGAUUGUGGUCUUCAAGCGCUUUGAAAUGGUGCCGCUUCUCGCAGCUAUCAAAAGACAUCGCAUCACUCACAUCAAUGUUGUACCCCCUAUCGCUUUGGAGUUCUUGCGCAACCCCGAGGCGGCCAAGGGUGACUGGUCGUCCGUUCAGUGCCUGAUGAACGCGGCGGCGCCCCUCAAACAGAAGCAGUCACUCGAGCUGUCGAGGCGGUACGGCUGCGUUGUGACCCAGUGGUACGGGAUGACUGAGGCGAGCCCCAGUGUUGCCUCUCAACGGGAAGACGAGACCAACGUCGAUGGCACGAUUGGGAGGCCGCUGCCAGGCAUGGAGAUGCGAAUUCUGGAUGAGAAUGGAGACGAUGCAAAAGUCGGCGAGUUCGUACUUCGCGGGCCUAACAUUAUGAAGGGCUACGUGGGGGGCACACCUUCAAGUGCCUUGACACCUGAUGGCUUCCUUCGGACGGGAGACAUCGGAUACGUAGACGACCGAGGUUAUCUCUACAUCGUUGACAGAGCAAAGGAGAUGAUCAAAGUAAAGGGGCAGCAAGUUGCACCGGCUGAACUAGAAGCCAUACUGAUCGCCCACCCGCAUGUCAAAGACGCGGCCGUCUGUGGAGUGUACAACGAGGACGGAACCUCCGAGGUCCCCAUCGCAUAUAUAACGACCGAUACCGCCGGUUCUGCUGCCCAGGAGACGCUCAAGGUCGAGCUGAUCAAGUAUGUCAACGAUCAAGUGGCAAGAUAUAAACGCAUCACGGGUGGGGUGCACAUCUUGGAUGCCAUUCCAAGGAAUCCAUCGGGCAAGAUUCUCCGCCGUCUCCUUCCAGCUAACCUGGCUGCCGCCAGUGCCGCUCGUCGUCCAGUGCCCGGUACCGUGCCAAUGGCAAGGCUGUAG